GGCAGGGGAGAGAGAGAGGGAGAGAGCGCGCGUCCAUGCAGAUAUCGCCUCUCGCUCCCCGCGUCACCGCCGAGAAAAAUCCUCGCCGCGAGACGGAGGAGUGACAGUAGCAGCCAUCGCCAUCGGCAGGAGCACCAUCGUCAGCAUUACCAUAAUCAGAAAUAGCAUCACCAUCAGCACCAUAAUCAUCAGCACCAUAAUCAUCAGCACCAUAAUCAUCAGCACCACCGUUACAAUCAGCACCAUCAUCAGCAGCAACAGCCAUCAUCACCAUCAGCACCAUCAUCAGCACCAUCAUCAGCAGCCAUCAUCACCAUCAGCAGCAUCAGCAGUAGCGGAAGCAUCAUCAUUAUCAUCAGCAGCAUCAUUAGUAGGAGCAUCAUAACCAUCAGCAGCAUCAUCAUCAUCAGCAGCACCAUCAGUAUCAUAAUCAUCGGCAGCAGGAGCAGCAUCAUCAUCAUUAGCAGGAGCAUCAUCGUCAUCAGCAUCAUCAGCAGCAGCAUCGUCAUCAGCAUCAUCAGUAAACAAGGAGAGUCGCUAUCCGUGGCUUCAGAACCAUCGCCGCCGCUUCCAUCUCCACCGAGAGGGCCCUCCUCCACCUCCACCACCUCCACCACCACCUCCACCACCACCUCCUCUAUCCCCUCAUCCUCCACCUCGUCCUCCACCACCUCCUCCUCCACCUCCUCCUCGUCCCGUGCGACCAUCGCCACCGGACAGCAGCCACAACGGCCUGGAUUUCUUUGGGAUCGCCAGAACCACGAGGACCACCACCAACAUCAUCAUCACGACGUUGAUGAUGAUAAAGAGGUGUUGACGUCUAACAUCAUCAUCAUCACCUGCGAUUAGCACCGUUUGGCUACGUGCGGUGCGAAAGAAGUUGGACACACAUCAACACACCACCACCACCACCCACCUGGCUACCCUUCCCCAGCUGCUGCUGCUGCUGCACGUGACGGAGUUGAUGAGGACUCGGGGUUGACAUCGUCAUCAUCUCGUCCGCAAGAUUAGCAGCUGCAAGUCGUGGUGAUCGUGGUAGUGGUAAUGAUGAUGAAGAUCACCCUCAUGAAGACGGGUUGACAGCUCCUCCUCCACAUUAUCAUCAUCAUCAUCCUCAGCAGCAGCAGCAUCAUCAUUAUCCACAGCAGCAGCAUCAUCGUCAUUAGCGUGAUUGAUGGCGGUGAUGUAAGCGGUGCAGGUGUAGCGAGAUUGUCAACACGCCGAUACCUUUUGAGCAACUGUUGUUAUCGUAGCAAUCAUCGUCAGCAGUGGCAUCGGCAGUAGCAUCGCCCACUAUCACUCCUACCAUCAUCAUCGACAUCAUCAUCGUCUGAAAUUCCAGAGACUCAUUGAGAGCCAGAGCAAGGCUCAUUGAGCCAGACAAAGGCACUUGCAACGAAGGCCUCGUUGGGUGACAUUCCUGAGGCUCGUGUGAGCCAGAGCGAGCCUCGUGGAGCCAGAGCGAGGGUCCUGUGAGCCAGAGCGAGGUUUGUGGAGCCGUAGCGAGGCUCGUGUGAGCCGUAGCGAGGCUCGUGUGAGCCGUAGCGAGGUUCAUUAAGCCAGCCAGCCAGCCAGACUCGGGGGGGGGGGGGGAGGUGGUCAUGGUGUUCUUCUCGGGCUCGCUGCGUGUCCGCGUGCGCGGGGCUGUAGCGCUGAGGCCGACUCCGUGGUCCCAGCGGCUCUCGCUGAGCCCCCGCGCCCAGGGCACGACGCUGCUCGACCCCUACGUGGCGGUCAACGUGGACGAGACGCGGAUCGGGCAGACGCAGACUCGCAGCCGCAGCAACGACCCGCGAUGGGACGAGGAGUUCUGGACGGAGGUGCACAACGGACGCUGCAUCCAGCUGGCCGUAUUCCACGACACUCCGCUGGGCUACGACGACUUCGUCGCCGACUGCACCCUCAGCUUCGAUGAGCUCCUGCAGCGCGGGGACACCCACUUCGAGCAGUGGCUGGAUCUGGAGCCCGAGGGUCGCGUCUGGGUGGAGAUCGACCUCGAGGGCACCGCGAGCCACGAGGAGGCCGGGGGGCCCGGGGGGACCGGGGCGGCCGCCUUCGUGACGCCCCCCCCGGCCUCGCCCGGCCUCGUCGAGGGCCGCGCCGCCGCCGCGCUGCCCGGGGCCGGCGGUGGAGGCGGCGGUCUGGGCCUGCCCACGGAGUGCCUCGCCAAGAAGUCGGAGGAGCUGGGCACCUUCCGCGAGCGGCCGUUCGCGCGCAAGCGGCAGGGCGCCGUCAGGCGGCGCGUCCACCAGGUGAGCGGCCACAAGUUCAUGGCCACCUACCUGCGGCAGCCCACCUACUGCUCACACUGCCGGGAGUUCAUCUGCAGACAUGCUUGUCUCUCUGUGUCUCUGUGUGUGAGAGUAGCAGGCAAGCUGGCCUCUCUGGAGGAGUUCCGCGUGCAGAAGGAGGAGCUCCUGGAGAAGUUUACGGCGCUGGAGGCGGAGCUUCAGCGCCGCGACGAGGAGCACAAGGACGAGGUGUACUCGCUGGAGCGCCACUCCGUCAUCCAGCGGGACAGGCUCAAGAAGGAGAUGGUGUCGCGCGUCAACUGCGUGGCCUCUGAGUUCCGCCGCGCAUCCACGCGCCAGAUGGCGGAGACGACACGCCGGGCGCUGCGCGACACCGUCAGCUGCGCGGCGCAGCUACGGCAAGCCGCCAGCAGCGCCGCGCGUGAGGAGGUGGCGGGCCGGGAGGCUCGCGAGCGAGGGGACAGCCUCGCCCGGCGCCUGCAGCUCUCGCUCGACGAGCAGGAGGAGCUGGCACGAGCCAGCGCUGGCAAACGCAAGGUGAUUGAGAUGCUGACUCAGCGCUGCCACCAGCUGCAGGAGCAGCUGCAGCUGCAAGAGCAGCAGCUGCAAGAGCAGCAAGAGCUGCAGGCGAUCUGA